UUUUCGGGGGACUUACCGGAAACCAAACUUUUUUCAAGCAUGAGACUUGUUACAUUGCUGAAGUGGAAAGAGGAAAAAGAGCCGUAUGAACAGAGUACCGUUACAUUUCAGACUCCGAGUUCCUUGUUUUUCAGCGUCAUGUUGGAUGUGAGAAAGUCGAGGACAGGAGAAUUCUUCACUUUUAACCCGAGAUAAAGUCCGGCGUCGAGCGGCUUCUGUUGUGCAUUACGGGAUAUCUGUAUAUAAAGAAUAUAUAUAUAAUGGAAGAUGGCGUGAAAGAGGAGCCGGCCAAGCCCAAAGAGGUGAAAUGUGCUGGGAAGGCUGGAUGGUUGAAGAAGUCUUCAGGGAAGUUCUUGAGCAGCUAUAAAGACCGUUACAUUCAACUGGACAGAACUGAGAUCGCCAUCUAUGAAGAUGAGGAAUUAAAAACAUGCCUGGAGAAGUUGGACCUGGAAAACUAUGAGAAAUGUCACGAGUUAAAAAGUGCAUUCAAGAAGAAACACAGACUGGUACUGAUACGAAACCCCAAGAGCACCAACAAGGUCCAAGAUGUCAAAUUUCAGGCACAAACACCUGAUGAGAAAGAGGCAUGGAUCAAGGCGCUCAAUGAAGGAAUAAACAAGGCUAAAAAUAAAAUUUUUGAUGAGGUGAAAGUGGAUGAAGGCUGCUCUUUAGAACAUGUAACACGCUUUCGGCCGAAGGGGAACCGUAGCAGAAGACCGCCGACCAGAAUACACAUGAAGGAGGUUGCAAGUGUAACAAGUGAUGGAAUUACAAGGUUGGACCUGGAUGGAGAUGUUACCCAGCUGAAUGGAACUCAUUGCUUGAAUACAGAAGAUGAAACGGAAACUCUCAAGCUGCCUGUGACCCUAAACGACAUUGCAGAGGAGGACGUCAAUGAAGAUUCCACAUCCCAGAAGAAGGUUAUUAAACCGCCCAUGCCUCCAUCGAAAGACAGAAAACCCAGUGAGAAUCGUAAGGAGGAUGAGACUGAAAGUGAGGAACCUACAGAGCCUAUACCUCCAAAGAAGAUUCUUACACCACCCAUGCCUCCAUCGAAGGGGAGUAAACCCUGUGUCUCCACCAUGGACGUUUCCUCCCUCAGUAAAGUGGACAGCGAAAGCUCAGACAUCUCUGAACCAACACCAUCCAGCAAGACGAUCCAACCCCCAGCUCCUCCAUCCAAACAUAAGAAACCCAAUCAACAAGUUACAACGGAGAGACAGGAGACUCAAGAAGAACUUGAAGAGGUGGACGGUGAAGAUAUGCUAGAUAUAUCUCCAGACUCUCAGAAUCAAAAUAAGAAUGAAGACCAGCCACUUACUCUUACUAAUAAGAUUAUAAAGCCUCAAGUCGUGAUGUGGGAUUCGCCCACUUCUGCAUCAAAGGAACCACAUGUUGAACAAGAAGGGAAAGAGUCCCAGAAGACAUCAGACAGCCCUGGAGAAGUUACAACUGAACCACUCCAGCUCAAUGUGACACCGCUUGCAACCCCUGAAGCAGUAAAAAAGAGCUCUCGACCUCCAGCUCUGCCCAAGAAGCCAUUAAAGCAAACCGCCCAAACGGAAGACUCCGCCCCACAAAAUUACACCACGGCCCUAACCAUCAUCACCACUCCAUCUUCAGAAAAAGUCUCGGAGCAGUCGUUAGAUAAAGGUGACAGCACAACUCCAGAACCCAAACUUGAGCCAACAGAAGACUUGGAGGAUAAGUCUUUAGACAGUGGCCAGCACUCGGGGGAGGAGUCAGAGAUUGGUGACCAAUUUACGCCAUCCACCACCAAGCUGAAAGGUAGCUCCCAGGGUCUUGAUGGUGAGACGAGCGAGGAUGAUCUAGACCCAUCCGACAGAAAAGCAGAGAGUUCGGAAGAACCGUCCUUAGAUAUACCUACCGUCACCCCCAAGAGCUCGGCUCCAAACCAAUGUGCCCAUGAUCCCAAUAACGUUACCGUACCCCUCAAGCAGUCCUCCAAGGCCCGAUCCGCAUCUCUGGGAGAACUGCUGUCACAAAACACAGAGACCACGGAGGACGAUGAAAAAGAGAGAGCGGUUAAUAAUGUGCACCGAAGUGAUGUGAAGGCCUUGCAAAGAAAAGUGUCAUUUGAGAUCGCAGAGACUGAAGAGAUGCUGAGUGUAAUCGCAACCGGACAGAGUAGUCAAAUAGAGGAGAGCGAGAGUCCUGAGAUCUUGCUUAAUGCGGCAAUGGAGAAGCUGAAAAAAGCAGAUCAGUUUUUAAGGGAAGCCAGAGGUUUUAAAGAUCAUAAUAAAAGCAACAGGUUAAGUUUGGAAUGGUAAGUGUUCGUGAAUGGAAGCCGUUAAGGUACACUUUUUAUGCUGAUAGAUGUGAUAUAUGUGAUAAAUGCAAAUGAUCAAACAGAAGUCGAUUUGAUAAAGGGAUGGGAUAAAAUGCUUUGCUUAUGCGUACACUUUUACAAAAAUAUCAAAAAACAUGUUUUUUAAUAUGUUAUCAUGUUUUUGUUUUGUUUUAUUGUGUAAGUUAGCUGAGUUAUUAUGGCUUCAAUCAAAACCAAGCGUUUUUUAGUUUGAUUGAUAUUAAUUGGACAAUAAGAAAGUUUUAAAAACGUAGUUAACUCAUUUUGGAACUAAAUUGUUCAUAUACAUGAUUAAAGUCAGGCUUCUUGAUGGUCGAAUAUGGUCAUGAUGGAUAAAAAGCUUCCCAUAUUAACCUCAUUCACAAUGUUUAGAGAAGAUGAGCGAAAUUAAAUAGCUAGUCUGCACACAUGCUCAAUUUAUGUCAUGCAGUGUGGUUUUUCCCUUUGGUCUUUCUGUAUUUCUUAUUCCUCAAUGUGCUUUAUGAUUGCGGAUUAAGUUAAUUGUAUUUGGCACUUUUAGUCAGAUUUGAAGAACAAACAACCUGAUGAAUGGUUCCAUAUGACUUUGUACUAUGUGACUCGUACAAGAACGUACAGUUUUUAGAAUGGAAUUAGUUGCAAUUACCAUGAGAUUGUUUUAGAAUAAAACCAAUUAAAGAAACGUAUUGAGUAAAACAUAACCAGAUUAUUCAUCGUCACACAAAUGUUUUUAGGAUUUGUAUGGAGUUUGUUAAAUCUCGCCCUCUAUCUUCUGUAUAAAAACAGGAAGUUUAAUAAGCUGCAUGAAGCAAUACGAGUCAUCAAUUCUUUCGCAAGACUACCAAAUUAGUAAGUGAAAAUGAAAACUCAAGAUGCUGUCAGGGACUUUCAUAUUCGAUUUAGAAGCCUUCAAUUUCUUUUAUUUAGUCUUAAAAGAAGAGCAGAAUUUCAGCACAUGACAAGUCAUAGACAACAUACAACAGCAGAAAAUUAAGAGAACAUUUCAGCAACAUUAGCAGUUUUUCUGAAUUUACUAUUUAUAGAUAUCUCAUUUUUGUUUUAUUCUGUAAAACUACUGACAAUAUUUCUCCCAAAUAUCAAAUAAAAAUAUUGUUCUAUUUUCAUUUAUUUGCAGUAAAUGAAAACUGGAGAAACAGGUUAAAAUAAUAGAAAAGAUGCUCAGUAUUUUUUCAGAAUUCAAAUACUGCAAAGAGAAACAAGUUCAAAUUCACUUUUAAAAAUACAACAGUAAUAAUUCUACAUGUAUAAAGGAAAAGUAAAACAAAAUGUUUUUGUAUUUUUCUCACAGUCUUUAUGUCACUCCUGAAGUUAGAUUUUGAUGAAAUUUAACAGACACUGGACUAGGAGGACACAUCUAAAAAUGCUGAUUAAAUUAACAUUUGGAAUGCUCUCUUCAUUUUUUCUACAUCUGUGUGAUGCAUUAACGGAUUUCUCUUGUGGAGUAUCCAAGUUUCAAAGUUACACAGAAUUUAAAGAUAUAGUCCUACAUUUUCUGUGAGAAUACUAUUAGAGAAUACUAAAACAAUUAUUCAGAAAGUGAAGACAUAAAAAGUGUUAUGAUUAGGUUGUCAUGAUAAAACGUGAAUGACAAUUCUAUUAAGUUUUAAAGAAGAAAUAAAACGAUUCACAUAACUGCCUUAUCUAAAAUAACAUGUCCACUUUACUAUUUUUUCUUCUUUGCUAUUAAAAAUUUUGUACAGUUGUAUCUUGACCCACCGUGAUGCACUUCCUCUUCUUUAACACCCCUCCCCAAGUUGAGAGCAUUUGCACAUGAUAGCACAGCGAAAAGCCACAUAAAACAGUGUGAAUUAAUAUUCUGUCUCAUGUUUUUUUUUAGUGAUGUCAGAGCGGUUGCUCUGCUCACAACGUUUUUUAAAUAAUACAUAGAAUAGCUGCCUCCUACCUGGCACAUAUGUCACUUUUAGUUCCUUUACGUAUAGCGGUUCCUAUAGGUAAGAUAUGAAUGUGUUAUAGACGGUUUGAAACCGGUGCUGUGUGUUAGGUAUGAGUUUCAGUUCAGCUUUGUUUCCAUAAGAAUGGGGAAGAUGAACAGGCACAGUUACUACAGACAUAACACAAUUUAGAAUGAUAGUUUUUGUACCAAUCCCACAACAACAAAUGUUUUAUGGUACCAUUUUGUGAUAUUGUAAAUAAUGCUUGAAAUAAAGCACUCAUGAGAUUCAAUUUUAAAUGGAUUUUAUGCCUUUACAGUCUUAACGCAAUAUAUUAAGCAUCUUUAUUUACUUCUGAAGUUGCAAUGUGUACUAUCUUGCUAAUAGUUUUUAUUGAGAUCAGUAGCUCAGUGAAUUUUCACAUUUAUUGUAAAUAACAUGCUGCCGGUCAAAUGCUUAAUAUUUAAGUUAUUAAUGUUCUGACAUAUUCAUGUUUACUGUCUUGUCUUAAAAAAAAAACGUAAACGAUCAAAUUUUGUAUACCUGUUUUUAUUAUUGAUGUUUACUGUUGAAGUUGAUUAAAUGCUUGUGGUUUUCACCAGACAGUAUUUGUUAAUGUGGUAUUGACUAACUGGACUAAUAUAUUUUUUUAAAUCUAAAUGCAUAGUAAAUGUGCAAAUAUGGGAAAUAAAUGCUUUGCGAAACCGUGUCUUAAUAAAAGCAAAAUGUGUCUUUAACGUG